GGGCCCUGCAACCUGAAGACCUACAGCGACAGCACCGCGGGGCCGGGCAUGUGCAGCAGAGCGGGCGCGGGCAAGGUCAGGCACCUGGAACAGAGGUACUUAUGGUUUCAAGAGCGGCUGCGGCUCAAGGCGUUUGAGCGCCUGAAGGAGGACGCCAAUGAGACGGCGGCAGACAUGCUCACCAAGUACAGCGAGUGGUCGAAGAUCGAGAAGCACUGCACCGCUCUGAACCUCAUGUUCGGGAAACAGCUUAAGGGCUUGAGCGCGAUGGCAGUUUUCACGGGAGUCGCGACUUCUGCGUCAGGCGAGAAGGUGGCGGUGUGCGAGGAGCCAGGCCGGGCAGCGCCUUGCCCCGCUCCUGCGCCCCACUACGUGCAUCGCGAGGAGUUCUGGUUCAUCCUGGAGAGCUACCUCAAGAAGGACCUCGUCCAGGAGGCGGUUGGCCCCGCCCCUGGAGACGCCGACGUCUACCUGGCUACGCGGACUGACGCGGAGGUCAAAACCAUAAGUGUCCAGGGACUUGGCACAGAGCCUCGUCCAGCGCGAUGCGACGGAGGAGCGAGGCACAAGCUUUUCAACGCGUUUCUCGUGGUCGACUUGAAGCAGAUCUUGAGAGCCAAAGGCCUACGCGUGAGUGCUCUCAAAGACGAUCUGAUCAUGAGGCUGAUCAAGAAGGGCAACGUCCUGUCGGAUCGCCAGGUCAAGGAGAUCGAGCAGCUGAGAGUGACGGCUACGAUACGCGGACCCCUGAUCAGGAUCAACCUACAGGACUUGAGUAGUCCGGAGUCCGCGCAGCAGUUGAUUGAGACGUUCAAGAGCGAGUGCCGAGAUCGCCCUGAUGGCUCUCAGCUGAUCCACCCAGAGAGCUAG